ACGGCUCGGGCGCACAUAGCAUCUGCAACUCGCGCUUUGGCAGCUGUCAUUGCCUCGCGCAGAGGAUAGGGUGGUGUUUAACGUGGCAGAAAAAAAGCAUUUGGAUAUAAUUCCAAAAAGAUGGCCGGGGGGGCGGGCUCCAUGCGCAUCCUGAUCAAGGGGGGUAAGGUGGUGAACGAUGACUUCACGCAGGAGGCCGACGUCUACAUCGAGAACGGCGUCAUCCAGCAGGUGGGCAAGGAGCUGAUGAUCCCAGGCGGGGCCAAGGUGAUCGACGCCACGGGCAAGCUGGUGCUGCCAGGGGGCAUCGACUCCAGCGUGCACCUGCAGCAGAGCUUCAUGAAUGCCGCCAUCCAGGACGACUUCUACAGCGGCACCAAGGCUGCGCUACUGGGUGGCACCACUAUGGUGAUAGCCCACGUGUUGCCUGAGAAGGACUCGUCUCUGGUGGAUGCGUAUGAGACGUGCCGCUCGCUAGCCGACUCCAAAGCCUGCUGUGACUACGCCCUGCACAUGGGCAUCACCUGGUGGGGAGUCAAGGUGCGUAAUGAGAUGGAGUCUCUGGUUCGGGAGCGCGGGGUCAACUCCUUCCAGAUGUUUAUGGCCUACAAGGACACACUCAUGCUGAGGGACAGCGAGCUCUUCCAGGCCCUGCAGACCUGCAAGGACAUUGGAGCCGUGCCGCGCAUCCACGCGGAGAACGGAGAACUGGUGGUCGAGGGAGCAAAGGAGGCACUGGAUUUGGGAAUCAGUGGACCAGAAGGAAUUGAGAUUAGCCGCCCAGAGGAGCUGGAGGCAGAGGCCACACACCGAGCCAUCACCAUUGCCAACAGAGCCCACUGCCCUGUUUACCUGGUGAACGUGGCCAGUAUGACGGCUGGAGAUGUGAUUGCAGCUGCUAAGAUGCAGGGUAAGGUGGUCCAUGCGGAGACCACGGUGGCCCACUCGGUGCUGAACGGCAUGCAUUACUACCACCAGGACUGGGCCCACGCUGCGGCCCACGUCAUGGCACCGCCCCUCCGGCUCGACCCAAACACCCCCAACUACCUCAUGAGCCUGCUGGGAAAUGACACUGUGAACGUGGUGGUGUCAGACCACCGUCCCUUCAGCACCAAGCAGAAGGCGAUGGGCCGUGAUGACUUCACCAAGAUCCCCCAUGGCGUUGCGGGGGUGCAGGACCGCAUGAGCGUCAUCUGGGAGAGAGGCGUUGUGGGAGGCAAGAUGGAUGAGAACCGCUUUGUUGCUGUGACGAGCUCCAACGCUGCUAAGAUCUACAACCUCUACCCCCGCAAGGGACGCAUCAUCCCAGGGGCUGACGCUGAUGUGGUCGUGUGGGACUCUGAUGCCGCAAGGACCAUUUCUGUGAGCACUCAGGCUCAAGGUGGAGACUUCAACCUGUAUGAAAACAUGCGUUGCCACGGUGUUCCCCUGGUAACCAUCAGCCAUGGGCGUGUUGUGUGUGAGAACGGAGCCUUCAUGUGCGCCGAGGGAUCUGGAAAAUUCUAUCCCAUGCGGACCUUCCCAGACUUCCUCUACAAGAAGAUGGUGCAGAGGGAAAAGUGUCAGACUCUGAAGGGGGUGGACAGGGCCCCCUACUCUGGAGAUGUUGCCAUGGUGGCUAACUCCAGCAAAAAGGAAGUGUGUCUCCCGGACGGUGAGCCCCCUGCCCGGGCCGUCGCCAGACAUGUUGGGGUGCGGGACCUGCACGAGUCCAGCUUCAGCCUGUCAGGCGCUCAGGCAGACGACCAUGUCCCGAAAAGGUCCUCUGCCAGAAUCCUGGCCCCACCUGGUGGCCGGUCCAGUGGCAUCUGGUAACCAUGGA